AUGCCAACAAUUACAGAGACAAGAUGGUCGUCUAAUUCAAAAUUAAUCAGUGUAAUUAUUGAAGACUGGGAAAAAUUAAAAGAGGUUUUUGAUAAUAUAAUGAAUUCUGAAGAGUCAGACCGCAAAUCAGUUCAGCUGGCUAAAGGGUUUUUAAGAGAUUUAAAUGAUUUUGAGUUCACAUUUUUAGCAACAGUUUUUAGCGACAUUUUUCAUAUAACAGAUAUUUUAUAUGAUGUUCUUCAAAAAAAGUCCCUAGAUAUUAAUUUUUGUUUAAACCAGAUAAGGAGAACUCGUCAAUUAAUAAGUGAUAAAAGAAAUGAAGAAUAUUUUAAUUCUAUUUUUGAAAAAGCAAGCACAAUGACGGUCAUUAAUACUUCCAAACGGUUUAGGUGUGAUGAUGGUAUGAGCAAGAAUGCAAUUACUACUCAAUACAGAGCAUUAUUUUUUGAAAUAUAUGAUCAUAUUUUAAUGGAAAUGGAUAUACGUUUUCAGGAUUGUGAUAAAUUAAAAUUCGUAAGCUUAGCAGAUACAACAAAAUUUGAGUCAUACAGUUUGACCUUCCCUUCCGACGCUUUUCAAAAUUUAUUUGAGUUUUAUGGCACACAAUUUACUAAACAUCAAAGACUUAAAAGUGAGCUCUGCCUUCUUUAUGCCGACGAAAAUUACAAAAAUGUGAAUUUGCAAGAAUUGGUUAUAAAGUUACAACCAAUUAAAGACAUUGUUGCAGAAGCCUAUAAUUUGUUUUGUUUAAUUCUGACAAUUCCAUCGACAAGCGUUUCCGCAGAAAGAAGUUUUUCGUGCUUAAAAAGAUUAAAAACUUUUACAAGAAACACUAUUUCACAAGAUAGACUAUCCAGUUUGACUGUUAUCGCACUUCAUAAAGAACUGUUGAAUGAACUUAUGCAGAAGCAUCUUUUCUACGAGGAUAUUAUUGAUAGAUUUGCCUCCUUAAAAGACCGAAAGAUCGACUUGAUUUAUAAAAACUAG